AUGACUACCCGAAGGGAUAAUUAUUUCAUAGAUACCUCGGCCGUAACUGAGGAGGCCGGAGGGGAAGAUUCUGUGAGGGAUGCGUACCAGACCACAAGAGUACACUACGCAGAGCUCAGAGUUCGGCUAACAGCUACAAAGGUAGAAGUCUCCAAGGUCUCUUCAGUCAACGUCGAGUAUGAUUCUCCUUGA